AUGAUUUGGACUGAAGAUGACUUCAAAGCCACAAAUCCCAUUGACCGAUGUUGGCGCUGCGACCGCAACUGGGCUCAAAAUAGACAAAAGCUCGCGGAUUGUGCCCGUGGCUUUGGCCACCGUGCCACCGGCGGCAAAGGCGGAAGAUACUACGUUGUGACUGAUCCAUCGGAUGAUGACAUGGACAAGCCAAAGCCCGGAACCCUUCGCCACGCAGCCAUCCAGAAAGAGCCACUAUGGAUCAUAUUCGCCAACCACAUGGUUAUCAAGCUGAAAGAGGAGCUGCUUUUUGCGAGCAACAAGACCCUCGAUGGCCGAGGAGCAAAAGUCCACAUUGCCUAUGGCGCAGGCAUCACACUCCAAUUUGUCCAUAAUGUUAUAAUUCACAACAUACGAAUUCAUGAUAUUCAUCCAGCGCCUGGUGGAAUGAUUAGAGACGCUGUCGACCACAUCGGUCUACGUACCCGGAGCGAUGGAGAUGGUAUCUCUGUGUUUAACUCCAACAACAUAUGGAUCGACCAUGUUUCCCUAUCCAAAGGCACUGACGGGCUCAUUGAUGUUAUCGAGGGUUCCACAGCUAUUACCAUCUCCAACUGCAAAUUCAACCACCACAACGAUGUGAUGCUAUUGGGUGCACAUGAUAGUACGGCUAAAGAUUCAAUAAUGCAAAUCACUGUUGCAUUCAACCGCUUCGGGAAAGGUUUGAUCCAAAGGAUGCCGAGGAUCCGAUGGGGUUUCGUUCAUGUCAUCAACAAUGACUACUCCCACUGGGAAAUGUAUGCCAUCGGCGGUAGCGCACACCCCACCAUUAUCAGCCAGGGUAAUCGAUUCAAAGCUGCAAAUAACCAACACACUAAGGAGGUGACGAAGAGGAUGUUUGCUGAGAAGAGCGAGUGGGAGAAAUGGCAGUGGAGGUCUGAGGGUGACAAGUUCACGAAUGGAGCCUACUUUGUUGAGUCAGGGCCAGCAAUCAGACGCACAAACCUUCCAUUGACAGAGAAGAGCUUGAUCAAGUUCAAACCUGGCUCGUUCGCAGGAAGACUCACUCGCUAUGCUGGUGCACUCAAGUGCCGUGAAGGCAAACUAUGUUAAUCAAUUCCUUGAAACUGUUCUCAUUCUCCAUCCCCAACCCUUGUCGCAGAUGUUUAGAUGGAUAUAAGUUUAUCAUGUGUCGAAUCUUGUUUUGUUUUUUCAUUUUUUUUUUUUAUUUUUCUUGAUGGAUUUGGAGACGAAGAUGCCUGGAGAUAAAGAUCAAGGAAAAUGCUUCAUAUCCUCAUGAUGAACUUUGUGGUGACAAGCUUAUUUGCUUCUUAACGUACCUAUAUAGUCAUAAUUUUGUGGGUAAAUGUUUUUCAUUUAAUCAUACUGAGCUUGAAAGUUGUUUUGCCUUGUCGAGUAGUCUAUCUUUUCCCCCUACAAAUUACUUGUAAAGAUUUUUGGUAAUGAAGAAGUAAGCUCUUUACAGUGGAAAAAGUUCUUUAUA